AAUAAAUCAUAUGAUUCAGUCGCAAAAUCUGUAAUUUUUUCAUGUCUUCAAGCAAGUAUUGAACUAUAAACAAUGGACAAAUUCAGUAACGUUAAUUUAAUGUACUUGGAGCAAUCUUAUUGAUUUUUUGUCAUUCUCCACAAAUUUAACACCAAAAAUGUCUAAUCAAAGACCAAAUGCUGAAGUCAAGUAUGAGCUAUUGGAAGAUUAUUAUUCCAGACCGGCUGUUAGAAGGAGUUAUGUGUGGUCGGCGGGUGGUUUAUUGCUACUAGUUUCAUGUGUUUCAAUUAUUUCACUCUAUGUCACCAUAGACAGGAUGUUGGCUGGCAAGGAGAACAUAGGAGCUUUGGAUUUUAUUAUGACUGGACCAGAUAAAGUCAUGACAGGACACGUAGAAAUGUCGAGAAUGAGAGGAGAGAUGUAUGCAACGGCGGUCUACCACAGCAUCAAUGCCAGUGCGCAAAGUUUUGCGAUUCUUGGUAACACUGUUACUGUAGACAAAGAAAUAGAUGCUGUUUAUACGAUUGUGGAGGCAGCGCCGUUGAAGCUAGUCUGCUAUUACUCGCUGCCUGACAACGAGUCGAUGACCGAUCAGCUGUGGCCCGAACUUGUCGACCCUCUUCUUUGCACGCACAUUCUCAUCGCGUUUGCAAAUGCUGAUAACAAAACAAUACAACCAACCCAUACAUCCGAUGUCGAGAUAUAUCAUCAAAUAGUUGAUAUGAAGAAGCAGAAUCCAACUCUUAAGGUAAUGAUAUCCAUUCAAUGUUUCUCAAACAAUGGUGAACUAGCUGCAGUUGUUGAUACCAAGCAGUCGAGACAAACGUUCAUCGCUAGUGUAGUGCAAUUUUUGGUGAUGCACAACUUCGAUGGCAUCGACAUAGACUGGGAGUUUCCCGUGUGGCCGGGAUCUGAUAUGAAACAGCUCAACGACUUCACCGCGCUGCUGAAAGAGCUGCGCACUGCGCUCGCAUCCAUCCAAGGAGACAGGAAGCUCAUCAGUGUAGCUGUGGCUGCACCACAGACAAUAGUAGAUGCAGCCUACCAAGUACAGAAAAUGGCAAAGUACGUUGAUUUUGUGAAUUUGAUGGCCUACGACUUCCAUUACUUUACUUCGUACUUGCCAAUAACCGGGCCGAAUGCGCCACUCUAUCAGGCAUCGUUUGAGCAAGGAAUAUUUACAACUUUAAAUACCAAUUGGUCGGCCCAUUACUGGCUCAGUAAGGGGAUGCCAUUGGACAAGCUAGUAGUGGGAGUCCCCACAUAUGGACAUUCUUUCACGUUAUUGAACGAGGAAAACACUGGUUGGGAUGCGCCCGCCACUGGUAUCGGAAAAGAAGGAUUGGAAGGAUUCGUUGUUUAUCCAGAUAUUUGCAGAUUUCUGGACAGGGAAAAUACAAAGUAUGUUUUUGAUUCUGAGUUUAAGGUGCCUUAUACCUACAAUGGUAGAGAGUGGAUCUCGUACGACAAUGAGCAAAGUCUGCAAUACAAGGCUGAUUACAUAAAGAGCAAAGGAUUUGGAGGCGUGAUGAUCUGGUCGCUGAAUGUGGACGACUUCAGAGCGUCGUGUGGCAAGAACGACUUCCCACUUGUGCGUCAGGUGAAGAACAUCCUCGAGGACGACCAAUUGUGACUCGUCGAGCAGGGCUUGUCCGAGGCCCUGCAGCAUCUGCCAUCAAAGUAAAUGACAAUUACUACAUCUAGUCACUCAGAUAUUAGACAAUCGAGCCUCUUUUCUUGUUAACACAAUACCGAGCUUAUCUUGUUCAAGUCAACAAUGUAAUUCUACAUUCCAUCCAGUAAAUCUUGCUCAAAAUAGUACCAAUGAUCAUCUCGUAGCAUAACCUGUUACCAAAAUAACAAACUUCUUCGAUGAAAACCUUCAGUUUACUGGAUAAGUUGUCUACUCUUUUAAAAAUAUUCCAGUUCGAUCCCCUACACACUUAUUCUACAUUAGAAAAAUUUAAAACAUCUAACAGUGUUGACUUUUACUGUUGAUUGAAGUCAGUCAUGAAAUCCCACGAAAAUUCAAAAUUUCACCAUCAUAUUUAUAUUAUAACUUAGAUUUGACUUGAAUUAUUGUGUGAAAAGAACAAGAGUUGUGUAAAUUAGCUACAUUAUUGUUUGAAGUUUAUGAUUUGAAAAAUCUUAGUCAAUUGAUUAGAAUUUGUUCAUUGAUCGGUUUAAAAGUUACUAUCCCAUUCUGAUACAUUAUUAACCAAAAUUUCAUGUCUUAUUUUAAUUUGGAGUUUUCAGAAUGCAGCUACUAGAUCUAUAGUCAUUCGCUUCAUGCGGAUCUCACUUACUCGUAGUUAUACUCCGGAACUUUUCUAAUCCUCUAUGGACAACGUUUUGCAAUGUAGAGUUGUGUGUGAACAACAUUAAAAAUCAAUGAGAAACCCUAUUAUUUAAUUUUGGGGGAAUUUCGAUUAGGAAACUUUCCUAAAGACUCAUUCCAAUAGAAUAAAGCCAGUGCAUCAUUUAUCUUUAUUGGUUUGGAGCUGUGUUUCGUUAACCGAUGCUUCAUUAUCUCGCUUACCCGGGUGUCUUUCAAAUUGCAUAGGAAAAAAACAUAAAAUUUAUUUUGCAAUCGGUAUUGAAUCCGAUUGUCUGUUGGAAAACACGCUAGAUCAUCCAGUUCUUUACAGGUGUUGAAAGUGAAUAAACAUAUCUGAUGACAAUGGCAUCUAAUAUACUCCCGAUCUAUCACAAAUUUAUUUUAAAUAGUUCUCACUCUCUUGGAUGAACCCGUUUUUCUUUAACGUCAGUUCAUUCCAAGUCAGGCCACUUAAGAAGCAUCACUAGUUUUUAUAGACUGUUGGGUAAAAUUAUUCGAAUGUUUCACUCCUUGCAGUGCCCUUCCUAUGUAUUUGGCAUCUUGUGACUUAGCAGCAUCCGAUGUAUGUAUAAUUUUUUUUCUCAAGCCAAAUUCUUGCCGAAUUUAUUCUCCAAAGCUAAUCCUCUCUUAUAGGUACAGUAUAACAUUCGUAUUAUUCAACUUUUCAUUAAUUACUAUGCAAAGUUAAUAGUAUUUAUUCUCAAAAACCUUGCACUUUCAGUCAGUUCCAAAAUAAUUGUUAUGUUUGUAAUAGUUUCAUUGUUCAACUAUUGGAGAAAUAUGUCGAUUGUUUCAUCAUCCAAAACAUUGUUUUUAUUAUUGCGUUAUCAAUCUACAAUAUACGUUAGGCAAUUUCUUGACUAUAUUAUUGAAUAUUCUUUUGAAAUUAUUCUCAAGGAAUGUUACACAAACAUCAUGUUUUUGUGUGUUCUAUUUAUACGAUUGUACUUCUCACAUUCCUUUAUGGUAUAAUCGCUGUAUAAAUAAAUUAGUUGUUUGCAAUUAAUUUUAUCAAUGUCGAUUGCUUGUAAUGUAUUGGUUGUAUUACUAGUUACCUAUUUAUUUAGAUGUAUGCAUGUAACUUGUUUUUGUUUAAGAAAUUAGUAUUAACUGGAAUUCACAUUUCCGAUCUUUGGCAUUGUGCCAAAAAUACAUUGUCGCUAACUACUGUACAUUAUAAUAAAUUAUCUCUGUUUUCGAAAUUAUUGAUUAAUUAAAGACAAAAUACAUUGUCGCUAACUACUGUACAUUAUAAUAAAUUAUCUCUGUUUUCGAAAUUAUUGAAAUUAAAGAUCUGAAACAGAUUUAUGUGACUUCAAAAAUGAUUCUAGCAUUUUUGUCACGUUGUCGAAAACGCCAGCAUGCUUCUCUGUGUACAUUUACGUUUACAUUUCAUUUGGAAACUUACUGUUUAGCGUAUUUUUUACUUAUUCAAGUAAUGAUUGCUUGGAUUUCCAAUUCUAAGUGGUGAAUCACAAUGUUUUAAACUCUUCUCAAAGUGCUUCAGACGAACUGAAUGUUCCUACUUCUUCACGAACAAACACCUUAUUUAAUUCAAACAAGCUAAUAAACAAUAGGCUAUUUUAAAAUGAGAAGCAGAAAAUUUCAGAGAUAUACAGCCAGACAAUGUGAAUUCUGAUUUGGUAUCCAAAUGAAAUGACUUUCGUCCCUUUAAAAUUUCAAUUUAUCUGUAAACACAUUGCAUUUCUGUAUUUUUUAAGUAAAAAUAUCAUUCUUACCCUGACUAAAAAUUACAUUACGAGUAUGUGUUUGUUGCUUGCUUUAGGUUAGUUUCGAGUUGAACCUACUUUAUAUUGCUGAAGUGUGACUGUUGUAAGUAGCUUUUAUAAGGGAAGUAUUCUUAUAUGAGAAUAACAAUUUCAAUUUUUUCAUUCUCAAUCUUCUCACAUUUUUUCCAUAGAUUUUCACUAUUCUCUUAUCACGAUAAUCCACCUACAUUGAAAAGUGUCUACUGUAUUCUUAGAAUAGUCGAAAAAUAACAGCAAUAUCUGAUAGCAUUGCUGACUUGAAUUAUUUCCAGUCGGAUAUUAUACAAUUCCUGAAGGGUACUUAGUCAAAAAAGCUCAGUUUUAACCAAUUCGGUACGACUAAAUUCCAUUUUUCUCAUCUACAAAAUUUCAAACCAACUUUGCAAGCUCUUAACUAAUCAAUUAUCUCUAGAAAGUUAUUCAAUAUUAUUAAAUAGCUCAUGAUAUUCUAGAAAAUCUCGAAUAUCGCCCUAGAAUAAAACAAUAGAAUAUAAUGGAAUAUUAAACAUGAGUUUGGAAGCAGUUGGGUCGAUGGUCAAGCUGGUAUCGUAUGGCUUAGAUAGGAGACUUGCGCCUGCUACUUCCGAAUAUUAUUUAUGAGCUCCACAAUAAUUGUUUAGAACCCACCUCAAAUUGUAGGUCGUUCCAUCUCUCAUCAUCAUCCCUUCAUUACCCACGUUCAAUUUAUAACUUGUGUGGGCAUCACUUUCAGCAAAAAGCAAAUGAUUUGACGACCGUACUUUAAAAUAAAAUUAGAUACUUGUAGUACCUGUACUCGUGAACUACCGUAAUGUUUUCGACAAGUGUUCUAAGCCAUCAGAAAUUAAUGGUUUUUCACUCUGCUGUAUAUUUGUUUUCCAAGGUAGUAGAAGCUUUAAUUAACUUAUGAUUUACUUAAUAAUAUUAGAUUUUUAUUAUGUGAAUGAAUUCGAUUAAAUAUAUUUGAAUAUACAUUGAUGUUGAAAUUCUAUUUCAAAUAUAUAUAUGUUCGAGUCUGUAAUUAAUGACGUUGUGCAAUUUGUUCAUGUAAGCAACAGAAUGGUUCUAAGUUGCCAUUUUUCAAUAAUAUUAUGUAUCCAAAGGACUCAAAUCGGUGCAAGUGAAAGAAAAAUGCAAUUCCAUUCUACAUUAUUAUAACAGCUGAGAUGCAGAUAUUACUAAAACAUGGCAUACCAAUUCCCUAAUUAUUACUCAGAGACAAAUAAUAAUUAAGCGGAUUAUAAGUACUAUUCUCAAUCUUUGGUUUGUAUGUGGUUGGCUAACGAACGUGCAAUUCAUUUGUUCUAUUGAUGUAUUGAAAUUACUCGUAGCUAUCUUACCAUUCUGUUGUUGCAUUAGAUUAAGUAUAUCACAAGAAGGCUGACAGUGGACUUUGAAUAUUGAACAUAAAUAAUAUAUAUUCUGUACAGUUAUGUUAGUGCUUGUAAAAAUAUUAUUGGUAUAAAUUAUAUUACUCGAUGAUUUCAAAUA